UUAGGAAAGAAAUGUUUCAUUUUAUUCACCUUGUGCGAUUUUUGGCAGAUCUAAAUAAACUCCAAAGUGGCAUGAUUGCUCCAUUUUUAAUUGACAUGGAACUUUUCCAUCUUGUCGUGGAAGACCUAUUUAUGUACUAUAGAUCCAAAUCACUGAACCUGGGAUUAAAUCGCGGUGCAACGGAUUUAAAACUUAUCUACAACUUUGUGGCUUCUUUGCAUGCAUGUUGCAUCGAGGCAGCCCUUGAUCGCUACAGCUUGCAUAAUAUAUACAGAGUCAAGACGUUACACAGGUACCUUACAGAACAUGAUGUUGUAUCAGCCAGAGAUUUUUCUUUUAUUCGUGGAGCAGAUGGAUCCCUUCAGAUGCCAGUUAUGCCUGGCCUAUAUAACGUCCUCAGAAAUUGUCUCUUAGAUCUCAUGGCUAUACAACAUCACAAGGACCGCAUCUGUCAGGUGGCUGACAAGGCAAUAAACAAUGUCCCACUGGACAGUGAUGAGGAGACUAUACUUCAGGACACACUCAAUGAGUUAGAGACACGUGAAGAAUGUGUCGUCUUAUUUUAUAGAACAGAAUUCAGCCAGGAAGACAAGGAUCUGUUUCAAAGGUUUUUGCAAUUCAUGGACCUGAAUGAGCGGCUGGAGUACAUCACAGAAGGAAUCAACACGCUCUUAUGGCAUGCUACGGAAUGAGAGCUCCCUUGGCAGAGGCACCAACUGAUAGUGUUACAAUUAUUUCAGUUAUAUGUUAGUGCAAGGUUUGUGUCAAUAACAUUCUAGUAUGUCACUUUAGACAUUAUUUAUUAUAUGAAUUUAAAACAAUUUUGUAAUGAUU